AAAUUCCCCGCUGAGGAGGGACAGGCACCGUCUCGGUUGAGGUUUCUGUCAGCUCUGGGCGAGUGGCGGCGUAAACUUGGUCUUUUGAAUCUUGAAUACCAUGAUGCCGCAAGUCAUUGACAAGGAUGGAGAUGUGUAAUGAGUUCCAGUACGAGUAGAAGCUGAUGAAGCGAUAAGUGACAGCAUAUAUAGAAGCUUGAGUCCUGAAAAUGCAAGUGGACGAGCAGCUUUUGUGGCUCCUCAGUGCUCUCAGACUUGCACAGGGUUCUGAUGGAGUGAACAGAGAUAAAUUAAUUCAGAAUGUGAACAAUUGUUUCAUGCGUGUCAAGAAGGACAGGAAGGCGACCAGUGUUCCAGCAAGCCAAGCAUCAGAGGAAAUACAACACUUUCAAGUGAAGGCAUCUGUACUUUUGCUGUUGUGCUUACCAAAAAUCCGAGAGCUUUCAGGUGUUGAAAAUUGCGAGGACUUUCAGUCAUUGUUUUCAUCUUUGCCAGAUCUCUCAUAUUCUGUUUUCUUUACAGUGGUUCGCACCCAAAAGAUUUAUUUUGUUCUUUCCCCACUUCUGUCUUGGCUCCCAUCCCAUGUAGUGCAAACACUAAUGAAGGAAUAUUUUCAGUACACACAUGAAGUUACUCCUGUAACACUAGCUAUCUCAGUAGAACUUCUAAAGUCAUUGCUAUUCAGCCAGCAGUAUAGGCAUGCACAUCAGAAUGGUUCACAUGAUAAUACUGAAUGCCUUCAGCUGUUAGUGAAAUUCUUUUUCUCAAAAAGUGUAUCAAGUAAAACUCCUUCCUUGAUUAAGUUUAGUGGUUAUUAUUUUCUCUAUAUGUUUGAGUGCUUGUAUUUACUCUUAGCUGCUUAUGUAGGAUAUGAAAUUAGGGAUCCAAACACAUUUUCAUGUGUAGAAACUUGGACCAAGUUGUGGAAAACAAAUAACACAUCAGCUGAAAAUAUUUCCCUUCCAUAUACCAAAGAAGCUCUUAUGUCAAUGCUAACACUGUGCCAGAACAACAGCAGAGAAGUAACGGUUACCUUGUGGAUGGAAUGGAGUGAACAAAAGCUGCCCCAGAGUGCCACAUUUUGUUCAACACCAUCAGCAUGUCAGCCUGGAAAAGCACAAGCCAAGAGUAUUCAAAUGGUUACUUGCAAUAUUGCCUUUCUUAUACUGAGACUAUUGGGAGCUCAUUCACAAUUAGAAGAGGACUUGGCUGUUAGUGAAUACCAUGAACUCUUGCAAUUCCUUCAGCAAACAGCAAUGGAUCCUGAUUAUGAUCCUGACAAAGACUUAACCCUUGAACAACUUGUAGAGGAAAUAAGUGCCAAAGAUGAUAGACGAGAGAAACUACUGGGUAUCCUUGUUCAGAGAGAAGGUGUCAUUGCUAACACUGAUGCCUCCAGAUGCUUGAAAGAGCAUGUUGCUAUUCUUGAUGACCGAAUGAAGGUGGAACUUUUACAGAAUUGCAUUAAAUGGGUAAAAACAAGCAAGCCACACAUUCCUGAGUCCAUAAAUGUGGUGGUGGAUUUAGCUGCAGACCUGAACCCAGACCAGUUGAAGCCCAUUAUUGAAGACAACUUGUCUGCUGGUCUUGAUGACACCUUGAAAACUCCUUCAUUUAAAAUGCAGUUAACUUCUGUUUUCAACCAGCUAGCUGAUGAAAAUGCUGCUGAGCCUUCAGGAAGGCAUGUGUGGCUGUGCCUUCAGUCAGGGCGAGAUGUGGUGCAAGAGGCGGUGAGGCUGGCUGUCACUAUGACUGGUCUGGUGCCAGUCAUGGCUCAGACUCUGGCCGAUAUUCCACAAGUGUGUCUGGCCAAGCUGCCCUCAGGUAACUCUCUUCUGGCAUCCACACUGGAAGACUGGCAAUGCUCUGAGUUAUGUGACAGAGAAGAGCAAGCAUUUAGUGGUUUAGUAAAACAAUUGUUGAGUGUGAAGAGACUCUUAGACAAAGAUGAGGUCCUGCAGUUAAUGGUGAAGCCAUUCAUGAUGGUAGACUGUAAUACAAAUCUUGGGAAACUGAUUUUGCCUCUUGAAUUACUGAAGGAGAUUAUGGAGCUUGAUGGUUGUGUGGUGAUGAGGCCUGGGCCAGAGGUGGUGAGUGUGAUGAUGGCACUCCUGCAUAUAGUGGAUGCCACUUUGUGUUUGGAGGGUCAAGGGGCAAGUACAUGUCUUACUGUUAGGUGCCUGGCCUCCACAAUCCUGUUUGGGACUACCAGUCACAUGAUUAUCAACCAGAAGAAAUUUGAAAAAGAAAUCACUUUACUCAAGCAAAUAGUGUGCCAGUAUAACCUACAUCCAUGGAGUAUUACACACAUCUCACAAUUGGUGAGUGCUGAGUUCAGCAAAGGAUGUACUGUUGACUUCUUGCUGCAGGCACUGGUGAAAACAUGCCUUGACCCAUCACAGGGUGAUCUGCAGAGUCCAGUGACGUUUGCCUCUCUAGACAGUGCAAUACUUCCAAGAAUGUCAAAGUCAAAAUGGAUUAUUACUCUCCUCCAGCUUCUUCCACACUGCAGUGAAAGGGAAUGGACAUCAGCAUUCUUUGUAACUGAACAUGUACUAGGGUAUCAUAAUGCUGUGUUUCCAGUGCUUGAGGUAUUUCAAGAGGCCUUGCACCUGAUGUGUGAGUCCCUUGUCCCAACACCACCUCACUGCCAGGAGCAACACAGCCUCCAUCCACCUGUGUCCCUCCACCACUGCUUCACUUUUUUCACUUCUGCUGCCAUGAUCUACCUUAAGGAAAAAUUUCAAGGACAGGAUUGCAGGGAGAGAUUUUUAAAUCUUGCAGACAUUUUUCAAUGGUGGUGCUGUACUGUGCCUUCCCUUUGCUGCAAUCCAGAGCUCCCCUCCAUAUUCUUAGCACGGUUAUGUGGGGCGUUGGAGGAGAUAAUUGUCAGUGGCAAAUUGAAAAUAAACCCCAAGGGAAACACAGAGACAAGCAAUAUUUGUAGUGCCACAAGUGCAGAUGUAAGUGUGAGGGAAAAAAAAUUAAUGCCAAAGGACAUGAAUAAUACAAAUAUUGAAAUAAGUGAGAAAAAAGAGGAACAAGAUGAAGGAACUAAUAUUUGUAACAAAUCAAGUGGAUCAUUAGAUACCUUAGGAAUGGAGUUCCAGAAAAAAAUUGAGGAAAUUUCCUUUUUCAUGGUAGAAUAUGUUCCAUUUAGUAAUUUACUUGCCUCUGUUGCAAGCAAAUUGAAAAAGUUGUAUGAUGUCUAGAGACAGUUGUGUUACUUUUGCAAUUAUUUACAAAGUGAAUAAAAUUAUUGAAUUAU